CAGCAAACACGAAAGUCAGAAAAAUAAAAAAAAUGAAAUGGAAAAAUAAAAGCAAGAUAUAAUGUUUAGUAAAAGGAGAAAGAGAAGAAGGGAAUGCGUACGCAUGAGGGAACAACGAAAGAGGGAAAAGAAAAGGGAGCAGUGACGCCGCUGAACCAGAGACCCGACGGAGCUGCGACGCGAAGUGAUCGGAACUGCGACGUGGACGAGCGGAGCUACGGCGUCGAAGGUUGAAAAUUUGGGGACAUCUGCUGCUUCUGAAGUACUUUUGGCCUUUUCGCCCACUGAAGUUGAACAUCUUGCAUUACUCAAAGCCGCUGCAACUUCUGUUGAAAUAAGUCAAUCAGAGUCACAAUUGGUUUAUUUCCGUGAUAGUGCAAUAUUAUUAGAGGAAUCAGAGGCGAUCAGAGCUGCCGUGCGAGAUGAUCGGAGCUGCGACGUGAAUGACCGGGGCUGAGAUUUCGAAAUAGAGACAGCACAAGAAGGGAAGAUCCUUUUGAGGUUUUCAUUCUUGGGAAGACUUUUGGAUAGGUAAUAUCGAUCUUCUGUGCAUCCUUCCAAGGUACUCAGUAAUAUUCGUACACCCUCGCAUCAUACCCUUUGAUCCUAAAAUAUAGUAGCCUUCAUCCUCUUAUGGGUUUUUGAUAAAGCAAUCGUUUUUGUCUCUGAAUUUGGAAAACAGCUAGUUCCCAUGGAAGGGUUGGUGAGUUCUGGGAUCAACACCAUUCGUGUUUUUGGUGUUACAAAGCACCAAUCUCGUUUUCUUCAUUCAUCAAUGCUGCAUCUGAGGAGUAAUAGAGUGUGUGGAACUGGAAUUGGGGUUGAGGAGAAGAAAAAGAGGAAGCAGUGUUUCGUUAUGGCUGCAUCUGUUGGGGGCUCCAAAGUGGGCCAUUUUGAGAACACACUCCCUUCCAAAGAGGUUCUUGAGCUUUGGAGAAAGGGUGAUGCUGUUUGCUUCGAUGUGGAUAGCACUGUGUGUUUGGAUGAAGGGAUUGAUGAGCUUGCUGAGUUCUGUGGGGCUGGAAAGGCUGUUGCAGAGUGGACUGCUAGAGCGAUGGGUGGUUCUGUUCCGUUUGAGGAAGCCUUGGCUGCUAGGUUGUCUUUGUUCAACCCCUCUUGGUCUCAACUUCAGAAUUUUCUUCAGCAAAAGCCACCAAGGCUUUCCCCUGGCAUAGAAGAGUUAGUCCAGAAGUUAAAGGCUAAUGGCAUUGAUGUUUAUCUUGUCUCUGGUGGCUUCCGUCAAAUGAUCAUUCCUGUUGCAUCAAUACUUGGAAUUCCAGAACAGAAUAUUUUUGCCAAUAACCUACUUUUUAAGAGCUCUGGAGAGUUUCUGGGGUUUGAUGAAAAGGAGCCUACUUCAAGGAGUGGAGGAAAAGCUGUUGCUGUCCAACAGAUCAAGAAGACUCGUGGUUUCAAAACUUUAACCAUGGUGGGAGAUGGUGCUACUGAUUUGGAGGCUCGUCAACCAGGUGGUGCUGACAUGUUCAUUUGCUAUGCUGGUGUUCAACUUCGAGAAUCUGUUGCUGUGAAAGCUGAUUGGCUAGUUUUCAAUUUUAAUGACCUUAUAAAUUCGUUGGGGUAACUUUUUUUUUUUUCUUUUUUCAUUUUGUUUUUUUCUGAGCCGGCGUGAGAAGUUUCCAACAUGAAGAGGAUUGGGAUGCAGUCACCAUCUCACUGUUUACAUUUUUUAGACUUUAUUUAAUGUAAAACAUAUUCUCUGUAGUUGCUUUUCAACUGCAGACCUUUCGGAUUACAGAAGAGUGAGAAAUCGAAUAAAAUAACAUUUUCAUGUCUUUUCUUUCUAGUUGUCA